AUUUUAUUGUGUUACCUUUAGAAAUUAGACACAUACAUAUGCAUAGAUAGGUCUAAUUAUCUGUCCAGCCAACAGAACCCUCAGAAAGGAGAGGAGUUCUGUUCCCGGAGGUUUUCGUGUCUAUCAACCCAAGAAGAGGAACAAAAGACCAUGGGAAGAUGUCGUCUGAAACUCUUGACGUCUCCAAGAGUGAAACCACACAGUUGUCAGGACAGAGGACAGACGUGCCGUUUGUUUAAGUCCCGGCCCGCACUCCGCUCCAGCUGGUGGCGCUAACGCACCAGAACGUCGUUUGCCAACCGCCAAUGACCACAGAAGAAGAGGCGCUCCGUGGAGCGGAAGCUAACAGUCCGCUGUCAAACGAGCCGUCUCCUACCGCCGCACCGCGCCUCCGUUAACGUGUUCUGUGUGUUUGUUUUCUCUUACAACAGCCAGAUGACCCGCACGUCCACAGUUGUGAAGGGCAGCAGCUGAUACGCAGAAAUGGCGGACACAGAGAUGGAUUAUAACAUCGUGUUUCCAGAUGCGGGGACAUCUGAGAGACACUGGCGCGGGACCAAGGAGCCGGUGGUGGUUCUGCUGGGCUGGGCCGGCUGCAAAGACAAGCACCUCUCCAAAUACAGCUCCAUCUACAACGAGCGGGGCUGUGUCACCAUCCGCUACACGGCUCCGCUGAAGACGGUCUUCAUCUCCGAGUCGUUCGGCUACAAGGAGCUGAGCAGCACCGCCCGCAAGCUGCUGGAGAUCCUGUACGACUACGAGGUGGAGAAUAGUCCCAUUUUCUUCCACGUAUUCAGCAACGGCGGCUUCAUGCUGUACCGCUACGUUGUGGAACUGUUGUACAGCGACAGGCAUUUCAGCCCCCUGUGUGUGAUCGGGGCCGUGCUCGACAGCGCCCCCGGCGGUGGGAACGUCCGCGGGGCGCUGCGUGCGCUGACGGCCACGUUGGGCCCCAACGUCAGUCCCGUUCUGAGGUACUUUCUUCUGGGGCUUUUUGCUGUGACCGUCUUCCUGCUGCGAAUCGUUCUGUAUCCCGUGACCAAGUACGUCCACAAGAACCACUACGAUGCUGUGCGCGACAGCCCCCCGGCGUGGCCUCACCUCUGCUUGUUCUCCAGAGCCGACCAGGUGAUCAGGCACGCGGACGUCACGCUCUUCAUGGAGGCGCUGAGGCUCAAGGGCACCCCGGUGGACAGCUGCGAUUUUGUCUCCAGCGCCCACGUCAGUCAUUUGCGGGCCUUUCCUGAGCAGUACACCCAGAAGUGCAGCGACUUCCUCAUUAAUUGCAUGAAGGACGUUGCCGAGAUGAAGAAGAGACACCGAAUUCAAAAUCAGUGAAGCAGGUUUUGCCGGAAAGAAGAGAUGUGAAGAGAGAACAUCAAGAACAACACAAGUGAAGAAUGAAAUCUGGCAACUUGGCCAGAAUUUCGGUCCUAGUGCACAUCUUGAAAGUGUUCCACAGGCGUGGCGUAGGUCUGCUGUGCUCAGUCCAUGUGUGGGAAACCAGCCAUAAGGAAUACUGCAACCCGCACCCCGGACACGAAGGCCUGUCGCCACCUCUUCAAGUGUAUCACAUGUAAAAAAAGGAAUAAAGAUGGAGAAAUUAGGACUUUAAUAACUUAGAAUAAUUUAAAUGGUAUUUAUUAUUGCUGUGAAAUGUGAUGAAUAGAUUAGUAGUAGUGAUUACUAAAGCUCACUGGGUUGGAUCAUUUUGUAUUGACAUUUUGUAUUCAAAUUUCAAAUGUAUUUCGGCUCUUAAAUCUCACAAUUUGCCCUUCAUGUGAGAUCACAAGGGUGCCAGCAAUGAAGGUAACGAUUAAAUAAUUGAAAACAUUAAUUUUUAAUGUUUUCUUUGACUACUAGUUCAAGUGCUCCACAAACUGUUGAACAGCCCACACAUUUGAUUUAGUUGAAGGGAUAAGUGGAUGAUGAAUGUAAACCGUAUAUCCAGCACUAAUGUGUUAUUUCAACUUAUGUGCCUUCAAUAAAUCUGAUUGUUAAUAGAAA